CCGAGUAGAGACUUGCGCACCCCCGGGAUCCAAGCAAGACCCAAGUGGGCCAAUUAAAUCCUUCGAAUGCUCGCGCAGGUGCCAAGUAAGGGGUUCGUUUUUGCUGUUUAUCAUGAAACUGGACUUCUAUUCUCAAAACUGGUAACCGGCAUUCGCGGUCUUUUGACGUUGGCGAUAAUAUUAUCAUGUCACACGAAGUUGGCUCGAUUAGCAAUCUUUCAACUGUAUUAAGAUGCCCGUGAUAUUUAACCUAGAUUGGCCAAUCAGCCUCCAGCCACUUUUAGUUACUGUUUUGAUAGCUUGCUAUAUCGUAGGCCUUGGGAUAUAUCGCCUAUACUUGAGCCCACUUGCUAAGAUUCCUGGCCCAAGACUUGCUGCGUUGACUACUUGGUACAAUGCCUAUUAUGACAUGUUUCAAAGGGGUCAGUACGUCUGGGUUGUAGAGGAGAUGCAUCGAAAAUACGGCCCAAUCGUCCGGAUCAGGCCAGAUGUAGUCCAUAUAAAUGACCCUAUGUUUAUUGAAAAAUUAUACUCGCAGUCUCCGAAGCAGAGACGUGAAAGAUAUUGGACGGUCCUUCAAACACUUCAAGCUACGGGGUCGAUUCUAGCUACGCAGGAUCACGAACUCCAUCGCAAGCGUCGGGCGGUUCUUAGCCCCUUUUUUUCGCAACAGAACGUGCGGCGCUUAGAACCCGCUAUCAACGACACCCUCGCAAACUUGUUCUAUCGAAUGGAUGGGUGGGCUAAAGCCGGGGAACCCGUGCGGAUGAACGUUGCGUUCCGAGCCGCGACGAAAGAUAUUAUUCAGGCUUAUGCGUUUGGUGAAGGGGAUAAGUGUCUCGAUAAGGAGGAUUGCAAUACCGCGUUUUUUGAUAUUAUGGAACCAAGUCGACUGGCUCAUCUUGGAACCCACAUGUUUUGGCUGGCUAAUCUUCUUAGUAACUUGCCUCCAAAAUUAAUGACCACCCUUAUACCUAAGGUCGGCGUAUUCACGAGCUUUGUCGAGGGGCUAGCUGUCCAAAUCGAGGAGGUUCGAAAGGCUAAAGAUCUUCCAGAAGGCAAGACGAUCUUCCAUGAAAUUAUUCGUAGCGACAUACCGGAGGCCGAGAAAGAAACUCGGCGUUUAACUGAAGAGGCCAUGGUGAUUGUUAUCGCAGGUAGCGAGACUACGGCUUCAACCCUGGCGGCAAUCAUGUAUCACUUGCUUGCUGAUCGUCAACUGUUCAGUCGGCUGAGGGCCGAGCUAGAAACCGUCAUGCCAGAUCGUAACGAGCUUCCAGCGGCGUCGAAAUUGGACAGUCUCCCGCUCCUAAAUGCAAUCAUAGAAGAAGCUAUCAGACUCUACCCCGGUGCCACCCAUCGGCAAGAUCGCACGUGUCCCGACGAGGAUCUUGUCUACGAGGCGCCAAACGGCCGGACAUAUGUCAUUCCAGCUGGCUCAGCCGUCGGCAUGGCAGCUCCGAUUCUAAAUCGCAACCCAGGCUUGUAUGAUCGACCAGAUGAAUUUCGACCCGAACGUUAUCUAGAGAACCCGAAGCUUUCAAAAUAUCACCUGUCGUUUUCUAAGGGGACAAGACAGUGCAUAGGAAUAAAUCUCGCAUACCAGGAACUUCGGACUUUCACUGCUGGCAUCGUCAGGCGUUAUGACAUGUACGAUCCGGCUAGAAAGACUCAGAGCGGUCCAACAUUAGAGUUGUAUCAAACUACAAGGGCAGAUAUUGCAAUGCAUUCGGAUUUUAUAACGACUGCGCCGUAUAAGGGUAGUCCUGGCUUAAGAGUCAUGAUUCGGAAUUGAAUCUGAAUGAAACGGAUUGUAUAGCUGUUGGAGACAUAAACUAUUAUUAUUAA